AUGGGUGGCCUCUCGCCCUUGGAAGAGCACGCUGUGUGUGAACUCUCGGAUCUUAUUGAGAUCCGCCACUCCGGGUCAGUCCCGCCUUUGGCAGAAGGCAGGCCUGACCUCUCGGUCACCCCUGGAGGCCCCAUUUUCCUGGAGUACCUCAUCACCUUCAAGGCGUGCCCCAGGGAGUUCAAGGAGGAACGCAUGAGGAUUGGUGCUCGUCCUGCUGCUGCGCCAAGGAGACUUCGGCGCCCUGCUGCUGCCGUAAUCCCAGAGCCCGCAGUUCCUGGUGGACGAAGGGUCCGCCGUCGACCUGCUGCAGGAGAAGGUGGAGGCGCCUUGGACGUACCUGGAGAAGCUGUGGAGCCCGCAGAGGUUGUGCUGGAAAAGUUCCAGAGAGGAGAGGAAGUAGAAGGAGUUAGACUUGCUCCCGGAGUUCUAGGGCGUGGGGAGUGGCUGGUUGCGAACAAGGGCAGUUACUACCAGCAACCUACUUCUUUUGCUUUCAAGGUGGAGCGAGAGGAGCUCGAAGGAGGAGAACGUGAAGUCGCAGGCAUCCUCACGGGAACGGAAAGCGAGCCCCUUCUGAGGUUCGGGUCAGGAGAAAAACCUUGCCGUAUACAAGUGCACUUAUGUGGCCGGCAAUGUCAGCAACUGCGGCACAACCCGAAUCUUUUGCACACUCGUUUUCUUCGGCGUCUGGCGCCGGAGGCCCCGAAGACUUGGGAAGCCAAUUUGAUAGAGGAGUCGGAAACGGCGAUACUCCAAAGCGAAGCAGAGGCUUUGCGCAAAAGAAAAGAAGAAGCGGAGAAGAAGGAGAUCAGGAAGAGAUCAUCACCGACCUCACCGGGCAGGAAGAAGAAAAAGAAGAGAAAGAAAAAGAAGGAAUCAAGGAGGCUGGAAGCGGGGGAGUUGAGGGCUCCCGGGAAGCCAAAGCUAGGAGGGAAAACAGUUGCAAAGAAAGCUACAGACGCACUCUUCCAGGGCACUGGCCUGGACCCCUCCUGGAAGAACCGGAAGAAGAUCUUGAAGCUGGUGAAGAAGAAGCUGAAGAAGACACGAGAGUCGUCUUCCAGCAGCGCCUCAUCGACAUCGACAACAUCAAGUGGGUCAGGAGGGGAGGACGUCCUGGAAGACCGCAGCAAACUUCACCGCAUUGCGGCGAUAGCCCCUGGAGUGCUGGCGGCCCAAGGGAUUUGCAAUAUGAAAGAGUUUUUGACACAGGUAGCUGGCACGGGGUGGGAAGAGGACAGGCAGUCCCUACCCCCCCUGUUGGGGUUGUACCACAGGACCUACAUGGUCGGUCGCCUAUCUGGAGGAGUGAGUCGAGAAUUUUCGACUCUGUGUUGGAUAGGAGACCUUCUUCUGCAAGGCCGAGCUUCGGAAGCAAUGGAUGCUUUGGUGCAGCGGCUCAAGUCGCUGGAGCUGACAGCGGGGGGCACGAACUGGGCAACAAGCCAGAAGCUCGAGCUUGUGCCUCCGCCGACUGCAUCGAUCGGAGGCCGCUCAGAAAUACAGGUGGCCCGCAAAGAGGCGAGGCUCGACCAGCAGGUUCUCCCCUCCGCCCCUGCCUUCGAGAAAGGAAGAACGAAGGGCAAAGAGAAGGGCAAGGACAAGACAAAAGACAAGGGCAAGGGGAAGUCAAAGGAGGGCGACCCCAAGAAGCCGGUGGCGUGUGUGCUCCCGAAGAGGGUUGAAGCUUGUGGGAGCCCAGAAGUGCUCCCGAGAAGAGAAGCUGCAGAGGACCAGAAUGAGGACAAAAGAGAUUUUUUGAGGAGUGCCGCAAAGAAGAAGAAGGUCGCUGAGAUGAGGAGAGGUAGCUGCCACUACUUUGGGCACUACGGAAUGUACAGAUGGCAAAAGCUUGCCUUUUUCUUCGGAUCAGGGGUCGCAUGCCCUAGGCUUCUGAAUAUCAAAGGAGAUGAAGUGCUUACAGCUCAGCAGAUGCGCUGGGAGAACGUGUCUCCCGCCCUACCCAAAGAGGUAGGAAGCGUUGAUUUAGAGAGUGUACUGGAGUUUGGGUCCAGGCACUAUACUCAGAAUUUUGAAGAGUAUCUUUUAGCCGAGGAGGACCAGUUUCCAGUCAAACCUCCAAAGGUUAUGGUACCUCCCGAAGACUGGUUUUUGUUCUGUGAUCAGCUCCUGAAAUUGGGAGUUUUUAGUAGAGUUCAUGAGGAUGAUUUGCAUGUGGUCAAAGGACAAAAGGUCCUAAAUGGCCUUUUUGGCGUCUCCAAACAUGAAUUUGUUGGGGACGUCGAAAUCAUGAGAAUCAUAAUGAACAUGAUCCCGGUCAACAAUAUUUGUAGAGGGAUCGAGGGUGACAUUAGCACCCUGCCCUCAUGGGCGGGAAUGUCACCUCUGCAUUUGCAGCCGCACGAACAACUGCUUGUCUCAAGCGAAGACGUGCGGGCGUUCUUCUACAUUUUUAAGGUUCCAUCGGCUUGGCAUAGAUUCUUGGCUUUCAAUCGCCCUCUCCCUAGUGAGUUGUGUGGCAACAAGCCGGGCCGGUGGUAUCCUUGUAGCGCAGUUCUUCCAAUGGGUUUUAAAAACUCGGUGUCACUAGCCCAGGCUGUGCAUAGAUUUGUAGUAAACCGCGCCAUACGCGGGGUUCCUGGGCAGGGCAGUCAAGGUGAGGUCAGGAAGGACAAACCCUUUCCGCGGGCUAACCCUAUUCAUCGGAUUUACCUUGACAACUUUGAUGAGCUGGAACGUGUCUCAAAGGAUAUGGCAGCUCUUAUCACGGGACGUGUCUCACCAUUGACUCAAAGUCUGCAAGAGACCUACGCCUCGCUAGGGAUUCCAAGACACCCAAAAAAGGGCGUUGCUAGGCAACCUGUUGCUGAGGUGCAAGGUGCCAUUGUUGAUGGCCGAGUAGGCUUGGCAUACCCAAAGCCGGAGAAGGUUUUGAGGUACCUCCGAUUGGCUCAGCUUUUACUAAUUGCAGGUGAGGGCAGCCAAAAACAACUCCAAGUGGUAGGAGGAGGUUUUGUGUACAUAGCUAUGUUCCGGCGGCCCCUUUUGGGAGGGCUGAACCAUAUCUGGCAGUUUAUCGUCGACUGCGAAGGACACCCACCUUGGCAGAAAUUUAAACUGUCGUGGGAUGUCAAGCACGAGAUGGCCAGAUUCAUUGGUUUGGUGCCACUAGGCUACAUGAAUUUUCGAUGCCAGUUGAGUGGCGUAGUGACCGCCAGUGACGCCUCCGAAGGAGGUGGAGGAGUCACCGCCACGACGGGUUUGACUCCAAUGGGGGUUGUGGCUAGCACAUGUGGUGUCCGAGGAGACCUUUUGGAGCCCAGUGACAUCACGGGAGUCUUAACCAUCGGACUUUUCGAUGGGAUAGGAGCUUUGAGAGUUGCAGCUGAUGCCUUGGGAUGGAACGUCCUAGGGCACAUCAGUAUUGAAAAGAACAAGGCUGCAGCACGAGUUGUCGAGAGCCAAUUCCCCAAUACAGUGGUUGUUGAAAAUGUGGAGGAUGUGGACAGGGAAACUGUCAAAGGCUGGGCUCAACAGUUUAGCCAGGCCGCAGUAGUUGUUGUUGGAGGUGGGCCUCCGUGUCAGGGGGUGAGCGGCCUUAAUGCAGCAAGAAAAGGAGCCCUGAGAGACGAGCGGAGCUGUCUCUUUGUGCACGUAGCACGGGUCCGAUCACUUGUACAGGAAUGUUUUCCUUGGGCCCAAGUAAAAGGGCUCAUGGAGAAUGUCGCGUCUAUGGAUUUGAGUGAUCAGGACCUGAUGAGCGAGUCUUUUGAAGCCCAGCCUUGGUACAUUGACGCUGGGGGAAUGUCCCUAGCUCACAGACCGAGGCUAUAUUGGAUCGAUUGGGAGUUGCUACCUCACCAGCAGGUAGUAUAUGGGCGUACUCCCGUGGGUAGGUCUUCUGUCGAGCUGAAGGUCGAAGUAGACCCGGCGCAGUAUUUGACUCCCGGGUGGAGAAAGUGUGGUGAUGGUAAAUUCCCCACUUUUACCACUAGCCGUCCUCGUGGUAAGCCUGGCUAUAAACCAGCUGGGUUACACCAAUGUACAGACGAGGAAAAGGCCAUGUGGGAGAAAGACGAAUUCAGGUUCCCUCCAUAUCAAUACCGAAUGGUACACUGUGUGGAGAACAAGAAAGGUGACAAGCGGUUGCCCAAUGUACAGGAGCGGGAAGUCAUCAUGGGCUUUCCGAAAGACUACACGGUGAACUGUCUCCCCAAAGGGGAGCAGGGAUCCCAGUUGCAUGUAGAUACACGUCUCACACUAGUUGGGAAUAGUUGGAAUGUCUCCGUCAUUGCAUGGCUGCUAAGUCAGCUAGGCAAUGUUUUAGGUCUCAACUCAACAAUGUCCCCAGAGGAGAUCGUUCAAAGAACGGCUCCUGGUUGUACAGCUCAUUUGCAGACUUUUCUGCGUCGACCGCCUAUGCAAAAUGCUAGGGGGAAGCCUGACAACUCCAAGAAAACCUUGGAGUUAGUUACAAAAUUGUGUACUAUGGUCAGCCUCAAAGGGGAAGACCUUUUGCUUCAGCCUGCGUCCGAAGACGUGACGCGGUAUCACCGGCUUCGUAUGAGUAUCCCAGCAAAACUUUGGUCUUGGCAAACGGUCGCUAGUUGGAAAUGGACGGGCGAUCGUGAACACAUAAACUCCCUUGAAUUGCGGGCCGUCUUGACAUCCUUAAGGUGGAGGUUGGAAAGACACAAGAAGGUCCAAAUUAAGUUUGUCCAUUUGCUUGAUUCGCUUGUGGGGAUGCAUGCCCUCAGUCGAGGGCGGUCUAGCUCCCGAAGACUCAGACGUACCAUUCUUCGCAUCAACGCACUGCUUCUGGCAACCCGUUCGCAAGGGGUGUGGGCUUAUGUCCACACAAAGCAAAAUCCAGCGGAUGCGCCUAGUCGGCGCCCGCUGAAAAGAAAGUGGAGAGCAUGCCAAAACGGCAUCUAG